CUUUGCUCGCUCCGCCUUUCUGCCCCCACCCCCACCUCACGGGCAAGGGCCAUUCCCGGCCAGGAAACGCCGUGGCGCCGCGUUGGGCCUAACUCGAGUCCUCCUGCCUCCCGGGAGUGCCGAGCGCCGCAGCCCGGGCCCAGGCCCCGGCAGCGCCUGGGACAAGGUCUUCAGAGCUACUGACAUAAUUUUUUGGGACUUCAUAUUCAGAGGUCUAUAAAAAGGCACUGUUCUGGACAUUGGAACUACAACAGGGGAUAAAAGCACAAAAACCACUAUCCUCAUAGAGUUUAUAGAGAGACAAAUUAACAAGAUUCCUCAUGUCCAUAACAUGUUGGUUGAGGCUCUACAGCUCACCCCCACUCUCAGAGUGGCCAGUCUCCAUUAAUUGGACCCCGUGAUUUCCACUUUCUGCUGUGUUGGACGUCAUGAGCAUUGCAAUCCCUCUGGGAGUCACCACACCAGAUACAUCCUACUCAGAUAUGGCUGCUGGAUCAGAAAAGGAAGUGGAAGCCCCCUACCUUUCAAGACGAAGUGGCACUACACAAGGAUGUGAAAGUCCAGCGAAAGAGACCCAAGGGGCCUAGGGGGCAGCACACCCCCAGAAGCCAAGUCUAUUCCAGGCAGUACCAGGGAUUAGGGUCUGGGCUGGAAAAAUCCUGGUGUUUUGAAUAUGUUCAGGUCCAGUUCAGACUCUUGAUCCCACAGCCACUUCUAGAGUGAGGGUAUCCAGUCUUGGUAGUGAAUGGAAGAGGGCCUGGUCCCUGGGGCAGUGCAGAAGGCACUUUCAUCAUCUCACUCACUGCAAAUGUCAUGUGAGGUUUCAUGGAAGUAUUAAGAGAUCCAAUUAAGAAGAAUAGUUCUGAGUCUAAAGCAGCCCAGAGUGGCUUCUCUAGGGGAAACUCCCUGCUCAGCUGCCCUGAAUCUGUGGAGGCUAGUCCAGCAGUUAAUGAGAAGAGCGUGUAUUCCACUCAUAAUUAUGGGACCACUCAGAGGCAUGGGUGUCGAGGACUGCCUUAUGCUGAUCAUAAUUACGGAGCCCCUCCUCCUCCGACACCUCCUGCUUCUCCCCCUGUCCAGACGAUCAUCCCUCGUUCUGACCUGAAUGGCCUGCCGUCGCCCGUAGAGGAACGCUGUGGAGACAGCCCGAACUCUGAAGGAGAGACUGUUCCUACCUGGUGUCCUUGUGGUCUUUCUCAGGAUGGCUUCCUUCUCAACUGUGACAAGUGCAGGGGAAUGAGCAGGGGGAAGGUUAUUAGACUUCAUCGGCGGAAGCAGGACAACAUAUCAGGUGGGGACAGCAGUGCAACAGAAAGCUGGGAUGAGGAGCUUUCUCCUUCCACUGUGUUGUAUACAGCAACACAGCACACACCUACAAGCAUCACCUUAACUGUUAGAAGAACCAAACCCAAGAAGCGGAAAAAGAGUCCAGAAAAGGGUCGUGCAGCACCAAAGACAAAGAAAAUCAAGGCAUUUCGAGAGGGAUCCCGGAAGUCCUUGCGGAUGAAGAAUUCUCCUUCUGAAGCACAGAAUUUAGAUGAGAAUACAACUGAGGGAUGGGAAAAUCGGAUAAGACUAUGGACUGAUCAGUAUGAAGAAGCUUUGACUAAUCAGUACAGUGCAGAUGUACAGAAUGCCCUUGAACAACAUCUACAUUCUAGCAAGGAAUUUGUGGGCAAACCUGCUAUUUUAGACACUAUCAAUAAGACUGAAUUGGCCUGCAAUAAUACAGUUAUUGGUUCCCAAAUGCAGCUACAGUUGGGAAGAGUCACUCGUGUUCAAAAGCACCGGAAGAUCCUGAGGGCUGCACGAGAUUUGGCUUUGGACACUCUUAUAAUAGAGUAUCGAGGGAAAGUCAUGUUACGACAGCAAUUUGAGGUCAAUGGGCAUUUCUUCAAAAAACCAUACCCCUUUGUGCUCUUCUACUCAAAAUUCAAUGGUGUAGAGAUGUGUGUGGAUGCACGUACUUUCGGUAAUGAUGCUCGGUUCAUCAGAAGAUCAUGUACACCAAAUGCAGAGGUGCGACACAUGAUUGCAGAUGGGAUGAUUCACCUGUGUAUCUAUGCUGUGUCUGCUAUCACCAAGGAUGCUGAAGUCACCAUAGCAUUUGAUUAUGAGUACAGUAACUGUAAUUAUAAAGUAGACUGUGCAUGUCACAAGGGGAACCGGAAUUGCCCUAUACAGAAAAGGAAUCCCAAUGCUGCAGAACUGCCACUCCCACCUCCUCCAAGCCUACCCAUCGUUGGAGCAGAGACAAGACGGAGAAAAGCACGGCGGAAAGAGCUAGAGAUGGAGCAGCAGAAUGAGACUGUAGAGGAGGAUACCAACCCACAAGCAGAACAAGUUCCUGCUGAGAAAGUGACUGUAUCCAGUGACCAUGAGGAAAUAGACAAUCCAGAAGAAAAGGCAGAAGAAGAAAAAGAAGAGGUUACAGAUGACCAGGAGAACCCAGCUCAUAGCAGGAGGACCCGGGAAGAUAGGAAAGUUGAAGCCAUCAUGCAUGCUUUUGAAAACUUGGAGAAAAGAAAGAAGCGACGGGAUCAGUCCUUGGAACAAAGCAACUCUGACAUAGAGGUUACUACCAAUGCCUCAGAGACACCUGUAGGGGAAGAAACAAAAACUGAAACUCCUGAAUCUGAAGUUAGCAACUCUGCUUCAAAUGUGGCCAUCCCAAGCACCCCACAGAGUAUUGGGGUGAACACCCGAAGGUCUUCCCAAGCUGGGGAUGUUGCUAUAGAAAAGCCAGUCCCCAAACCACCUCCUGCAAAGCCUUCUAGGCCCCGACCGAAGAGUCGUAUUUCUCGGUACCGGACCAGUUCAGCCCAAAGACUAAAGCGUCAGAAGCAGGCCAUUGCACAGCAGGCAGAGUUGUCACAAGCUGCCUUGGAAGAAGGAGGAAAUAACAGUUCAGUAACUCCUACUGAAGCUGGAAGUACAGACAGUUCAGGAGAAAACAGGCAGUUAACAGGAUCUGACCCAACUAUGGCAUCAGUAACUGGAUCCCAUGUCAACCGUGCAGCGUCUAAAUACCCCAAAACCAAAAAGUAUCUAGUUACAGAAUGGUUGAAUGACAAAGCUGAGAAGCAAGAAUGCCCUGUUGAGUGCCCUUUACGUAUCACCACGGACCCAACUGUACUGGCAACGACCCUGAACAUGUUACCUGGUCUUAUCCAUUCCCCGUUAAUUUGCACCACCCCCAAACACUACAUUCGCUUUGGCUCACCCUUUAUCCCUGAGAGGCGUCGAAGGCCCCUUCUGCCUGAUGGCACAUUCAGCUCCUGUAAAAAGCGCUGGAUAAAGCAAGCCUUGGAAGAAGGGAUGACUCAAACAUCAUCUGUACCCCAAGAGACUAGAACUCAGCACCUAUACCAAAGUAAUGAGAAUAGUAACUCUUCUAGUAUCUGCAAAGACAAUGCAGAUUUGUUGAGCCCUUUAAAGAAAUGGAAGUCUCGCUAUCUGAUGGAGCAGAAUGUCACGAAGUUACUUCGGCCUCUUUCUCCAGUCACACCACCCCCUCCCAAUCCAGGCUCAAAGAGCCCCCAGCUGACCACACCUGGCCCAUCUCACCCAGAAGAAGAAUGUCGAAAUGGAUACAGCCUCAUGUUCUCACCAAUCACGUCUCUUACUACUGCUAGUCGCUGUAAUACUCCUCUGCAGUUUGAGAACAUAUCCUCCCCUGAGAGUUACCCUGCGAAUAGGCCCGAGUCCCUGUCACCCGAGCUUUGUCACCGAAAAGACCUGGACUUGACAAAAGUAGGCUACCUUGACUCCAACACUAACAGCUGUGCUGACAGACCGUCCCUCAUCAACUCAGCUCAUUCUGACCUGGCUCCUCAUCCCUCCAUUGGGCCCACCUCUGAGACUGGCUUUCCCAGCAGGAAUGGGGAUGGACAUCAGACCCUCGUGAGGAACUCGGACCAGGCAUUUCGGACAGAGUUUAACUUAAUGUAUGCCUAUUCCCCGUUGAACGCUAUGCCUCGAGCAGAUGGAUUAUAUCGAGGGUCUCCUCUAGUAGGAGAUAGGAAGCCUUUACAUUUGGACGGGGGAUAUUGUUCCCCUGCAGAAGGGUUUCCCAGCAGAUAUGAACAUGGUUUUAUGAAAGAAGUCUCUCGUGGAUCCAUGUCACCUGGUGGUGAAAGGGCUUGUGAAGGAGUCCCAUCUGCCCCCCAGAACCCACCACAGAGGAAAAAGGUAUCCCUGCUGGAGUACCGCAAACGGAAACAGGAAGCCAAGGAGAAUUCUGGUGGGAGCGGUGACUCUGCACAGAGCAAAAGCAAGUCUGCAGGAGCUGGGCAAGGCAGCAGUAACUCACUUUCUGACACUGGUGCCCACGGUGUGCAGGGAUCCUCAGCCCGAACCCCGUCUUCCCCUCACAAAAAGUUCUCCCCAUCUCAUUCCUCUCUGUCCCAUUUGGAGGCGGUAAGCCCAUCUGAUUCCAGAGGCACUUCAUCUCACUGCAGACCACAAGAGAAUAUCAGCAGUAGGUGGAUGGUUCCCACAUCAGUAGAACGACUCCGAGAAGGAGGGAGCAUCCCCAAAGUCCUCCGAAGCAGUGUGAGGGUGGCCCAAAAAGGAGAGCCUUCUCCCACAUGGGAGAGUAACAUCACAGAGAAAGACUCAGACCCUGCAGAUGGAGAAGGCCCAGAGACACUGAGCUCAGCACUCUCAAAAGGAGCGGCCGUUUACAGCCCUUCCAGAUACAGCUACCAGCUCCUGCAGUGUGAUAGUCCACGGACAGAAUCACAAAGCCUACUUCAACAAAGUUCCUCCCCCUUUCGAGGACAUCCCACCCAAUCUCCAGGAUACAGUUAUCGAACUACUGCACUGAGACCUGGAAACCCCCCCUCUCAUGGUUCUUCAGAAUCCUCCCUCUCCUCUACGUCCUAUUCCAGCCCCGCCCACCCUGUGUCCACAGACUCAUUGGCCUCAUUUACGGGGACCCCAGGGUAUUACAGCAGCCAGCCACAUUCUGGAAACAGCACGGGCAGCAGUCUUCCAAGGAGGAGCUGCCCUUCGAGUGCUGCUAGCCCUACCCCGCAGGGGCCCUCAGACUCACCGACCUCAGACUCGGUUUCCCAGUCCAGCACAGGAACUCUGAGUUCCACCUCCUUUCCUCAGAACUCUAGGUCGUCAUUGCCAUCAGACUUACGGACUAUCAGUCUGCCCAGUGCUGGGCAGUCCACUGCCUACCAGGCCUCCAGGGUAUCUGCGGUUUCCAAUUCACUGCACUACCCGCACCGUGGGAGUGGGAGUGUGCACCAGUACCGACUCCAGCCAUUGCAAGGGUCGGGAGUCAAGACUCAGACAGGACUUUCCUAGGGCUUCUGGAUUUGGGCAAACCGAACUGAAUGAGCCCAUAGCUGCUUCCUUCCAGCUGCCUCUGGAACCUAGGCCAAGCAGAUUGCUGGGGAAGGGGGUACAAGGUGCCAGAGGAUUGGGUCUGGUCGACAAGAAACAAGACUUGUGGUCACAACAGGCUCAGGCCUUGAAGAAAGAUGUAAAUCUUGUCUGAAGCAGAGACUAUAAAGAAGUUUCUCCCUGCUGUUAAGGGUACAUUGUUGACAAGCAAAUGGUGUUUCGGUUAGUAACGGUUCUAAGUGCAAUGAGUUGUGUUGAAGCCUCCGUCUCCCAUCCUUGCCUGUAGCCUGUAGUCACUUGUGCAGUGAGGACAUCUUUUUAAAUCCAAAAAAAGUUUUCUUUUCGAAGAAAAAAAAAUGUGAAAAGAGCCAAUUUCCAAACCCCAAGCCAUCUAAUAGUGUUAGGGUUUUAUGCACUUAAAAAAAAAGGUAGGUAUGUAAAUGUUCACCGGAAGACAACCAUUCCAAAAGCAGAUAUCCAGCCAAGAUGUGUCCACCAAGUAUGUUCCUACCUUUGUCUUUAAAUCACCGAGAAAUAGGCAGGGAUAGUGAAGCUUGGAAUGUGCUCUAAGGGAUGCCUGGCUCUCUGAAGAAAAGCUUGUGGUCAAUCCUUGAUUAUUCAGGAGCAGAUUAACCUAGUAGAUUGUCUGAUCCCCCAGCUGUUACCAUCCCACUCCCCUUCCCCAAGCUAUUUCACAGCUCAGUAACCCAUGAAGUAAUAGGUAAAGGAAAGAGGAAUGAUAAGUGAGGUGGGCCAAUUGCUAUUUAUCAGCUGUUGGCAAUAAAUUUACUUAGGAAGGAUCCCAGAUGGUUUGGGAAUUCUUUGAAUUUUAUUUUUUCUACUCCCAAUUAAUCAGGAGUUGACGAUCCCAUGAGUAGGACCGCCUCCGUGAUCGGGGAGCAUGCACUCGUGACUGCAGGGUAAGAGUGGAAAGAUGUGUGGAGUGGUGCCGACAGGACUGUGAUUGUGUGUGGGCAUGUUCCACAUUUCUUUGGGGGAUGCUUAUUUGAGAGUGGCCUGGGUGAGACAGUUAGAAAGCCACCCACGCACCUAACACUGUUCUGGAUGAGAGACAAGAGCAGACUGGCUUCUCCCCAUCAGUGCAUUGUGCCUGCUGUACACCCCUGGAGGAGCCCUGGAGCCAGCCCAGGUGGGGUACACAAUCUUUUUAAAUUCCAUACGGUUGCCAGCUUAUUUCUUUCACUUGUUUACUGUAAUAUCCGGCGUGUUUUUAUUUAUCUAAUUUUGUAUUCAGUUAUAACCAUGGUAGGGGUAGCAGAUCUAUGACAGGUGUAAUCCCUGGUGCUGCAGUGGACCUUACUUCUUUUCUUUUGGACAAGAUAAUACUGUGAGUCUCCCUCCUUCCUUCCCUCCAGUUUGUUUGUUGUUGUUGUUUUGUUGUUUGCCCAGCCUCUUCCGUCCCCUUCCUUCUACCCUUCCUACAACUAUCAUAUGCACAGUCUUCUCUCUUUGUGUGUGACUGUUACAAAAUUUCAUUUUUUCACAAUUGAAAUCAGGUGUUUGCUCAAAUGAGGGGAGAUUUUUCUUUUUAAUGCUGACAACUCAGCAGAAUACUUUUCUUUUUAUUGUUUCCCCCACAAACCCAUCAGUCUGGGAGAGCCUUGGGAGUGGAAAUCAUGUGGCCUGGGAUGCUGGUUUCUUUGUAUAUUAUAUAAAACGUAUGUAAAUGUCUCUCCAUUUGGGCUGGGGUUUGCAUUCUCUCCUUGGCUGUUAACCAAGGGGAGAGGCCAGCAGGCAGGCGGCCCUCACCCUGCCUGGCACGUGCAGAGACCCCAGCCACUCUGUGUGGGCAGGGUGCUGUCAAGACCAGACCUCUGGGGGGGAUGGGGGCGGGGGGUGGGGGGAACUCUUGGAAGGGAAGAAGUAUCACUUCUUUCUCAAGUGGAGUGUUUACACCUUGAUGUAACAUUUGAACUUUCACAAGAGAUGUAAUAAUUUUGAUAAUAAAAUUCUUAACCAUAAUAAUCAUAAA